AAAGCUUUCAGUCAAGGAUCGAUUGGCAACUUUUUCUACGUCAACUUCAUGAUAAGUGAAUUUUCCUACCUGAAUAUCACAAGCAUUGGGCGGAAUCUUAUUCAAGACGAAAACGAUUGUGGCUACGCCUGUCUAGAAAUUCCUUCAUGUUUUUCCUACAAUGUGGCUGCCUUUCCUGAUGUCAACGGCAAACUUCUGUGUGAACUCCUGCCCUCGGACAAGUUUAACAACUCGGACAAGUUCAACGCCAGUAAAGAGUUUCAUCACUUCUAUAUUCUGGUAAGUCAAACUUCUUAUUACUCAAAAAUGUUCCUUCUGGGGAAAAUAAAAAGUUUUUUCUUGUUUGUUUGUGUGAUUAUUUUCUUUUGACUCUCGCUAGUUUCGAAAGUUAGCAUUUGUUAAUCAAAAUGUAUCUCUUCGCUUGGAAAAUCUUGAAUGCAGUGGAUUACGUUGUGCUUCAAAUGCAAAGGAAUUGGCUAAUGAGUUUGGAUAAAAAAAAAACCUUAUAAAAGUUUUACAACUAAGUUAAACCUUUCAACUCUUAAUAUAUACACCUGCUGAUACCCAAACAUACUUGAUGAGAUCAAUAUAUUUAUGUUCGAAUGUCCUAAACGUUAGUGAGGGGGGAGUUGCUAACAAAGGUCUCGACUGAAAUAUUUUCCGACAAAAAGCGUUUAGCUCGUAAAACACAUUUGUCAUAUCAUGAAUUUCGCUUACUAUUUCUUUGCAUACUUGGCUUGCCUUAAAAGUUACAGAAACGUUUUAAUACUCCUAUUUUAGGCUAAUCUUUUGCCAGCUAGACUAUGUCAGCACAACGCCUUGAAAUUCGGUAGCAUCUCUGCAAAUUUCUGGGUAAAUGAAACAGCGUUGACUUUCAAAACCUCACUAAAAACUCAACUGAGCAAAUCCAGCGGGGAGUGCAAAAGAUAAACAUGUAUAUUGCUUGCCGUCCUUAAUUAUAUCGAUGUCAUUUGAGCAUCGACAUGUAUGACAAAUUCGUUGCUUUUUGAAUCCAUGAAACAAAGCGAAAGGGAAACAAAGAAAAUUUAAUCCCAACUUUUGUAGGUUUACAGAAAGCUGAAUUUAAUCCAGGGCUCGGCUCGUUGAAGUAGUUAUAACAUCAUAUAGUGAAGACAAUGAAUGUCUAUAGUUUUCGUACUGAAAGUUAACUGAGGCCCCGAAACGUUCUCACUUUCUCGUGCUUUUCUUGUUCUGUUUGGACAUUACUAUGGCAACACAGAGUACCUAACCUGUUAACCUAUGGGAACAUUCAACUGAGGGAAUUCGUAUCCAUUAAACGUUCCUGGCAAUAAAUGACUUUAAACGAGUAAACUGCCUUGUCGAAACAAUUUUUAUUGUAUCGAGUUCUUCGUUCUUUUUCACACAAGCGGACCACUUUGAUCCUUAUAUUUGGCUGAUUCAAUGGGAUAUUGUCAUAGCAACGCACAUUUAAAGAUAGGACUGCCACCUGUAACUGAUGAACCGUUCGUGUUUUGUUGUUAUAAAAAAAAACAGCUUUUGUUAUUGCGUCACAAGAAAUACAUGUUACUGGCGGUAGAAGUGCUACCCUGUGAAAAAGCAAGCAUAAAGUUUUCUAAAAAAAGCAGACAAUAAUUGAGGGACUUAUCAAAGUCUGCUUUACAUUUGUUAGAGCUGCGCAAAAUUCACGUUACUUGAUCUCAUUUUUUUAUUUCCAUUUUUUUCAUACUUUUUCUUUCUACGUCCUUAUUUCGAGAAACACCUGGAUUUUUGUAGCCUGUUAUAUAGGCUCCGAGAUAGUAGUGCAGCGGGAGCAGGGACAGAGAGGACCAUUUUUUUUCCCGCCGCUAACCCCUUUCCUAGAUCGCGUGCGUCUUAUUUUAAAUAGGUUUGCUUCUUUUAUCUUACCGUCAUCCCUACUUUGAGAUCCUACGCAGUAUACCCGUAAGUUCAACAUGGAUGAAACGGAUUGAAAACAAGCCUAAAAUUUCGAAUUUAUUGGGUUUGCAUAAAAUCUAGUUAUUAGUAGAUUUCUCUAUGAGCUCGAGUUAGAACGCAACUUACAAUUUGUUACCCCACUUUUUAAAGCAACUUAACCAAAUUUUAACAAUAUUUACUUUUUUAAACAAAAUAAUACAAAAAGUAAGCAUGUUCAACAGUUAAGCACUCGUUGAGAGCACGCUUCAUGUAUAUAUCAAAGGCGAGAACAGCAGAUAAUUUUCUUACCAGUCUUUGUUCACUUAUUGUCUGCAUAUCUCCUCCUGAUAAAAAUGUUAACAUUCGCAUGAAAGUGAUAAAGUACUUAUUUGUAGUAUAUAACAAAAUAAAGUCCGGAAGAUUCAUCGAUAUUUUGUGGGCAUUUUUACUAAAUAAAACAAUUAUUCAACUCGCACUUGUUCCAUGGAGAUAAUAUAGUCAACCCAUACCCAACAACUCGCAGGUGAAAUAAUUGUGUUACUUAAUGCUACAUGUAACUAAAACUUGGGGCUCAAGUUGGUCGACGAAAGUCAAAAGCUGAAUUUGCCGUAAAUUCAGCAUACGUCUAAUAUGGAUAAAUGAUAUGCGUCACGUUACUGGAUUAUGUUUUGUCUUUGCCAUGAAAUGGUCUUUACUUACAGCUGUAUCCUUUCCUUUGUGUAGACUCCUUGUGACAGUUCUCCCUGUAAGAACACAGGAAAAUGCAUUUCGUUGUACCAGGAAAAUGGAUAUACGUGCAUCUGCGUGAAAGGAUUCACCGGAAAAGACUGCGAAACGAGUAAGAAAUACUGAGUUGAAACAAUGUUGCCACUUACUAUAAUACAAUCACAGGUGACACACUAUUAACGCACUUUGCAAGUGGGAACGGUAAUCAGCAUAAAGCUUUUGUACUGAUUUUAGGUAUUAUAUUAUUGACUUUUACUUCCUUGAGCUCACUAUAAUAAAAAAAUUUAACUGAGAAUAUUUUAAAACUACCUUGAAAGAAAAGUCGACCAAUAAGUAUCGCGCUGAACUUUUACUUUUCCUUGACGUUACCCGACAACAAAUUUCAAUUUCUCUGCUUGAUCGAUAAAAGUGACUUAUUUAUAGACAGGUUUCUUCAACAACCUCUAGAAAAAGGUUUACAUUUACAAGUUGUGUUUUGACUCUUGCUAAAGUCUAAUGUAUACCUUGGCUGAAAAGUACAUAUGAUUUUUUUAAAUAUCUUUGAUUCUCUCUCCUGCAGAUAUAAAUGACUGUGUCAAUUUUACUUGUUUGAACAACGGAACUUGCAUCGACCUAAUCAAUGGCUUCAACUGCAGUUGCCCUCCAGGAUUUACCGGCAACCGAUGCGAAAUUGGUUAGAUACUUGUUGCUGCUAUUUCCAUUGCAUUUCCGCCAAAACACAACAUGAAACACCAAAUGUUGGACGCUGUUGAAUGCUGAUGGCUGAUAAAUAUGGAUCAAUUUUAAAUCCUACAUGGAUCCUACAUCAUCCGACAAUGUUAAUAAUGUUAUACCUGCAAGAUAAGUUUUUAUCGCGCGGUUCUAGGGUCCACUGGAUAGAUGUUUUGCAAUUUUAUUGACCUCGAAUUCCUCUCGGUCCAAGAAAAUGCCGAAAAAAAAACUUGGCCAAUACUAACGCAUUGGCCGAACAAGUUUGGUCAUUAACGCAUACAUAUUUAUUUGUCAUUAAUUUUUGAUUAUAUUUCCUUUAGAUAUAAACGAAUGUGAGAGCAGUCCUUGUUUAAACAACGGAACAUGCACUGACCGAGGCAACGGAUUCAACUGCAGUUGUCCACCAGGAUUUUCGGGCAAUCGAUGUCAAAUUGGUUAG